UACCGUGAGUUCGGUGUUCGCGGUUGUCUAUGGGCACCCCCGGCCAUGGGCACGUACUUCCCAAUGCUUACUGCCACACCAACUGCGGCCGGCACACCAUGAAUGACUGAAGCCCCCUGCUUGCUGCUCAUGUGCAAGACGACUUGCGUCGAAGUGGAGGCACCUCGCUCGAGCAGAACCGCCUCCAUGUUCUCGACGGGACAUGUGCCACGCCUUGCCCUCGUACCGCAAGACUCACUGCGCCCCGUACCUCACGAACAGGGUCACAGCACGCCUGCCCUUCUAAAGACGCGACCCCGUUCCUACAGUGGAGCUAGAUGUCCGGGCGGAAUCUACAAGUCGUGCAACCUCUCGCGCGCAUUCAGUGGACGGCUCUUCCUCAUGUGGUUGAAGCCGGCAAGCGGGAAGGACACCAAGCCUAUCCAGCCGAGCUGCCUAUCCAGCCGGACGCGGCCGAAAUCGCGAGCCGUUCUCCUACCGUGGUCCGAGCGGCGAUGCGCCUCGCGUAUCUCUGCUGGCUUGCGGGGCUCGGUGGAUGUCGCGGAGGUCGGGCAAAAAGAUGCAGGCGGAGAAUCGCUGAUAUCACGAUAGCGGUCGGACUAGACUUACACGACCCCCACCUCGCGCACCCCGGCAGGAAGCAAGAUUGGCCGUUGUCGACGUCGUCGAUCGAGACGUCACUGCAUUCGAAAUAG